UAAGGCUGUAAUGUAACAGAAUGCCAAAAAAGUUGAGGUUUCAGAAUACUUUCUGGAUGCACUGUACAUCUGAAUGAUAAAUAUUCUUUAUUCACUGGUGACCACAAGGUCAUGUGACUGUAGACUUUAGGGGUCACCAUACUCCUACAAUAUAGCCUACUGCUUAAAUUCCUCUGGUAAUUCCGUUUUAAUGUAUGUUUAGAUUAUGUGGAUGUGUUAGAGGAUUCAUUUUGUACUGCAUAGCUGCAUACCCCAACAAGUCCUCUCGAGUUUCAGGGCGUGCCGGCUAAUGUUAUAGGCCAUCACUAAAACAACUGAUUAAACUACCAUGAACCUUGAUUAAAGUUUAAAAGUUUAUUCACAAUGUGCACAGGAUAGAGUCCGUGUGGAUACUCUGAGAAGGAGAUUUUUUUUGUUAGCCAUUAACAGUUUUAUGGCGAGGGGAUAAGCACUGUUUAGGAGUCUGUCUGAGCCUUGAUGCACCAGUACGGCCUGCCGGAUGGUAGCAUGUAGAACAGUCCAUGUAUUGGGUGGCUGGAGUUGAAUAAGGUAUGCUAAUGCUGGGUCAGAGCAACAGCUGACAAACUAGCUCUCUGGAUUUGUGAUCACUGGAGCGGCAGGUAGCCUAGUGGUUAGAGCGUUGAGCAAGUAACCAAAAGGUUCUGCCCCUAAACAAGGCAGUUAACCCACUGUUCAUAGGCUGUCAUUGUAAAUAAGAAUCUGUUCUUAACUGACUCGCCUAGUUAAAUAAAAUAAAAAAUCACUGCUAUAAAGUGUUUCAUACCUUUUAAUUGAUAUUGAGGACAUAAACGUUUAACUCGGGAAAUGUGUUUCCCGGUGGCUCAGAAUCUAUGGCCUUCAAAUUCAAAUCUGGACCUUGAAGCCAGUUCCACAGUUUUUUUCCCCCUUUCUAAUCAGGGAAGGGUUUAGAACUGGGACACCAAGGUGUGGUGUGCAAUUAAUUAUCGGGUAUAACAGAAGUCUGAACCUCAUAGGGAAAGAUCUGAAUACCCCUGCUCUGUAGCUUUCAGAAUCUAUUGUUUUUGAUUUCUUUCUCUUUUUGAGGUGAUGUCUGGCCCACAGGUGGCUCUGGUCACUGGUUCCACGUGGGGCCUGGGGUUAGCCAUAGUGCAGGCACUGUGCCAGGGCUUUAAAUGGGAUGUGUAUCUGAGCGCCUGGGACGUCCAGAGGGGAGCCGUGGUUGUGGAGGAUCUGCAGAGGGAGGGACUCAAGCCCAGACUCCUCCAACUGGACAUUACAGACCUGGCCGACAUCCUGGCGGCAUGGCAGCAUUUCAUGAAGGCCCUGCAGAAAUGACAUCGCAGAGGAGGAGCUAGUGGCUCUGAUGAAGUGCUUUGUUGCCGAGGCCAAAGCUGGAGACCACGUCAGCAAGAGCUGGCCAAAUUCUGGCUAUGGGUUGUCCAAAAUAGGCCUGAUGGCUCUUAGAGACACCCCAGAGAGGAUCCAGCUAAACCCCUGCUGCCCGGGCUGACAUUACCUAUACCAAUGGGACUAGGACUCCAGCGGAGGGGUUGGACACACCUGUACACCUUAUU